AUGACGACGCAGAGCUCGAGUACUCUUCACACUUUCUCUGUUAUGCUUCCGCGUACUAUCCUACCUGAGAUGAUUACAGUCUCUGCUAAAAAGGGCGACAGAUUGGAUGUAGUAGCAGAUGCAUGGCACAUGGAGCAUGACUGUCAUUACGGGUGGGAAAUCGGUUUUGCACCUGGUGACGCGGACAUGUCUACCGUUCGUGCUAAGUUAAACCCGGACGGCGAACUUACCAUCGAAGUCCGGCGGCGUCCAUUAGGACAGACUUGUUUACCUCCAACGGGAAUGGGACCUAGGUACAGCCUUUGA